CCCCCUUUGGCUAGUGGUUCCUUGCUGCUCUUCCGAACCAUGCCUAAAGUAGUGUCCCGCUCGGUAGUCUGCUCUGACACCCGGGAUCGGGAGGAGUACGACGACGGUGAGAAGCCCCUCCACGUCUACUACUGUUUGUGUGGCCAGAUGGUCCUGGUGCUGGACUGUCAGUUGGAGAAAUUGCCCAUGAGGCCCCGCGAUCGGUCCCGUGUGAUAGAUGCAGCGAAACACGCCCACAAGUUUUGUAACACAGAAGAUGAGGAAACUAUGUAUCUUCGGAGGCCUGAAGGCAUUGAACGACAGUACCGGAAGAAGUGUGCAAAGUGUGGACUGCCCCUCUUCUAUCAGUCCCAGCCGAAGAAUGCGCCUGUGACCUUCAUCGUGGAUGGAGCAGUAGUCAAGUUUGGCCAGGGUUUUGGCAAAACAAAUAUCUAUACUCAGAAACAAGAGCCUCCUAAGAAGGUGAUGAUGACCAAACGGACGAAAGACAUGGGCAAGUUCAGCUCUGUCACGGUGUCUACUAUUGACGAAGAGGAAGAGGAGAUCGAGGCUAGAGAGGUUGCUGACUCGUAUGCGCAGAACGCCAAAGUGAUUGAAAAACAGCUGGAGCGCAAAGGCAUGAGCAAAAGGCGGCUGCAGGAGCUGGCUGAACUGGAAGCCAAGAAAGCGAAAAUGAAGGGGACCUUGAUUGACAACCAGUUCAAAUGAUCAGGACCUUUCUCUCAACCCAGACUGGCGAUCAUGAGGAAAAAGAACUUUUUCUUGACUACAUGGACUGGUACCUACCUAUUGGCCCCAGCAGAAGGCUUUCCAUUGCUUUCCAUUGCUUUCUCCUACCUUCAGUGAGGUCUUUCAGUCCAUCUGACCUGCUUUCUAGACGUAGGUUCCCCCCGCCCAGAUCUUUCCGUAUAUAGGUCCUCUGUACUAUUUUUGGUCCAUUUGAUGUAAACUUCUUCAGCUGUGUAGAAACUCUAUGAAUACAUCAGUGCUUGAAGAGUCUCUAGUUUCCAAAGUAGCUAUUCUUCCGUCUUCAAAGUUAAUAAAAACAUUUAAAGAUUUUUGAAAAAAAUAUUAUGAUGUGUCAUAGAAAAAAAUGGCACGAAUGAUAUUUAAAGUCCUAGCAAGUCAGACUCUUUUAAGUGGCUCUCUCUAUUCUUAGACUGGCAGGUAUUGGCUAUGGUUUGAAUCUCUCUGCUGUCAGAAGAAAAUCCAUAAAAAGCCAGAAUCUACAUAGAGCUUCCUUUACUUCAUGUUCAGAGAAACUUGCCUAGUCACAAACUACAGAAACGGCCUAGCCUUGGUUCCUGUACUUCAAAUCUUAAAGCUCUAGGUGAGUUAUUCCUCCUCAGACUUUGUACCUAAGAAGGAACAGCCAGAUUAGAGGCGGGGUUGGGAGUGGGGGUGUGGCCGGGUAGGGUAGCUCAGCUCCAAUUGAAAGGAGAAAAGGUAGGGUAAGCACCUUAAGCUAAUCCCUACUGUCUGUCCGGUCGAGCCGCUGAGAGGCAUAUGGGACGGAGACGUAGAGGAAGAAACGAUACUGAGAUAAACAGAGGGGCCUGUCUGUGAUCUGGUGUUUCACAUUCGCUGUGCGUAGAGGAGUGUGGUUAUAUUUAAACGUUUACUGCCCCACUCGUUCGGCAAUGUCAGUACGCAGUGUUACGUGCAUGAUUUUAUCUGUUCCUCGGAAUUAUGAGCUGUCGGGGCAGGAGGAGCAUUUUAACUCGUUGCAUCGUCUGCAGUGGGUUGCGCUUAGCAGUCACCUAAAACGUGUGUGUGAGGUGCUGUUGGGAAAUGAUAGGGCAUUU